UGACCUCAUCUUCUUGUGUCGUUUUGGACUUGGCGCUCCAGCCCCCAUUUCCCUGACACCAAGCUCUCGCAGUGGCAUUUCCGUUAUUUGUCCCAAACUUAUGACCCUUUUUCUUCCUUCUUCCCCUCCUCCAGUCCCUCCUCUACUGCAUCUCCAACACCAACUCUCCCUUCUCAACACGGUUAUCUCUUCCCUCAUUUCCGGUCAUUUUCUCUCUCUCUCUGGAAAUCGCCGGCCACUUCUUUGGUGUUUCAGUAACCGUAACACCGCUCAUUUCUCGACUCCGAUGUGUUUUCGGUACUCUGAGAGCACCCACAGCUGACGAAUGGGUUGCGUGCUUGGAACACCGGCGGAUCGCCGAGGCCGAUGGUCGGAUUCCGGACCUCAGAAUCGCCGUCGUCGCGGUAGUCAACGACAUUCUGUCACUGACGGAGGUAAUGCCGUUGUGGUUAGGAAGGAAGGGCCGGCGAGGGAGAAGGAGAUACGGGGGACUCGGCAUACAGGCGAUUUCCCAGCGACUGUUCCGGCUCCGGAGAGACGUAAGCCUAGGCUUGAUCCGUACGCUAAAACCGAACAUGGUUGGCCGUCGUGGUUGAUGGAUGUGGCUGGUGACGCAAUCCGAGAUUGGUCUCCUCGUCGCGCCAACUCGUUCGAGAAGCUUGCUAAGAUUGGGCAAGGGACUUAUAGCAAUGUAUAUAAAGCUAGAGACCUUCUUACUGGAAGGAUAGUGGCACUAAAGAAAGUUAGGUUUGAUAAUAUGGAGCCAGAGAGUGUGAAGUUCAUGGCAAGAGAAAUUAUUCUGUUGAGGCGGCUUGAUCACCCCAAUGUCUUAAAACUUGAAGGUUUGGUUACUUCAAGAAUGUCAUGCAGUCUAUACUUGGUAUUCGAGUAUAUGGAACACGAUCUUGCUGGACUCGCAGCUCGUCAAGGUGUUAAGUUUACCGAGCCUCAGGUCAAAUGCUAUAUGAAGCAGUUACUCUCUGGCCUUGAGCAUUGCCACAGUCAAGGUGUUCUGCACCGCGAUAUCAAGGGUUCCAAUUUGCUCAUUAAUAAUGACGGAAUCCUUAAAAUAGCAGAUUUUGGCUUGGCUACUUUUUAUGAUCCUGAGAAAAAACAGCCCAUGACAAGUAGAGUUGUCACUCUAUGGUACCGGCCUCCUGAGCUUCUUCUUGGGGCUACACUCUAUGGUGUUGGUGUUGACCUUUGGAGUGCUGGCUGCAUCUUGGCAGAGCUGCUUGCAGGGAAGCCAAUCAUGCCAGGCCGGACAGAGGUUGAACAACUGCACAAAAUAUUUAAAUUAUGUGGCUCUCCAUCUGAAGAAUAUUGGAAGAAGCAUAGAUUGCCAAAUGCCAUACUCUUUAAGCCACAGCAGCCUUACAAACGUUGCCUUUCAGAAACCUUCAAGGAUUUCCCGCCUUCUUCUUUGCCUCUAAUUGAAACUCUUCUUGCAAUAGAUCCAGAUGAUCGUGGCACUGCCUCAGCUGCUCUGCGUAGUGAAUUCUUUGCGACUGAGCCUUAUGCUUGUGAACCAUCAAGUUUACCGAAGUAUCCUCCCAGCAAAGAAUUGGAUGUAAAACUGAGAGAUGAAGAAGCAAGAAGGCGAAAAGCUCAAUGUGGGAAAGCUAAUGCUGUUGAUGGUGCUCGAAGAGUCAGAGCACGUGAUCGAGGCCGGGCCAUUCCAGCUCCAGAUGCCAAUGCGGAACUGCAAACAAACAUAGAUAAGUGGAGAGCCGUGACCCAUGCAAAUGCAAAAAGCAAGAGUGAGAAAUUUCCACCUCCACAUCAGGAUGGAGCUGUUGGUUAUACAUUAGAUUCAUCUCAUAAAGGACCUGUUUCCUUUGGUGCGACUGGUGCUUCCUUUGGCUCAGCAAUUUUCAAUUCAAAACUAUCAGGAUCUAGAAAUCACGCUCCUAGUGCUACAAGACCUCACAAAGGGAGGAAAACUAAUAAAGCAGACUCCCAGGUGGCGUCAUCAUGGAAAUUUGUGCGAGCCUUCAAGCCAUCAUCAAUAGGCCCGUCAAUGAACUUAUUAUUUCGUAGCAAAUAAUCAAUUUCCAUAGCUUUUGGCAUUCUAGAAUGAGGAUUGAGGCUUUGAUGAAUCUCAUUGGGCAAAGCGGUAGUUUUCUUCAUUCAUUUUUCUUUCUUGCUCUCAUUUUUGGUAUUUUAUUCUAUCUCAAAGUAUUUUAUGUAUAAUGUACGAUGGAGAUCCCUAGAUUUGUAUAUUAAGAAGGAUUGAAUCCCACUGCUGUACAGUUUCUGGUAACUUAAUCUCCAUGACCUUGAAACUUGAUA